AUGCGACUUUUGAUUUUAUCACUUUUAUUUGUCUCCACAUUUGCGUGGUUCUACGGCCGAGAUGAGCCGGAUCGUUGGAGUGUCGGAGGGGUUUGGCCACUUCCCCAAAAAAUCAUCUAUGGGUCUAAGAACCGAACUCUCACUUAUGACAAAAUCGGAAUUGAUCUUGGAGACAGAAAAGAUUGUGAUGUUCUCCUGUCAAUGGCUGAUAAUUACAUGAAUAAGUGGUUGUUCCCAUACCCGGUUGAAAUGAAAACAGGAGGCACUGAAGAUUUCAUUAUAACCGUGACAGUGAAAGAAGAGUGUCCGAGUGGACCACCAGUUCAUGGAUCCAGUGAAGAAUAUCUUUUACGUGUCAGUCUCUCAGAGGCAGUAAUUAAUGCGCAAACCGUUUGGGGUGCACUUCGCGCAAUGGAGUCAUUGAGUCAUUUAGUUUUCUAUGAUCAGAAAUCUCAGGAGUACAAAAUCCGUACUGUUGAAAUAUUCGACAAGCCCCGUUUCCCAGUUCGUGGAAUUAUGAUCGACACAAGUCGUCAUUUCUUGUCUUUGAAUGUUAUCAAACGACAAUUGGAGAUUAUGUCAAUGAAUAAGAUGAAUGUUCUUCAUUGGCAUCUUGUUGACAGUGAAUCGUUCCCCUAUACUUCUGACAAAUUCCCAGAGUUACAUGGAGUGGGGGCGUAUUCUCCGCGUCACGUAUACUCACGUGAAGAUAUUGCUGAAGUUAUUGCGUUUGCAAGACUCCGUGGUAUUCGUGUUAUUCCGGAAUUCGAUUUACCCGGACACACAUCUUCUUGGAAAGGGAGAAAAGGUUUUUUGACGGAGUGUUUUGACGAAAAGGGUGAAGAGACUUUCUUGCCAAAUCUGGUUGAUCCAAUAAAUGAAGCUAAUUUUGACUUUAUUUCCGAAUUCUUGGAAGAAGUCACUGAAACAUUCCCUGAUCAAUUUUUACAUCUUGGUGGUGAUGAAGUGAAUGAUUUUAUCGUUGAGUGUUGGGUCAGAAAUAAGAAAAUCCGAAAAUUCAUGGAAGAAAAAGGAUUCGGAAACGACACAAUUCUUUUGGAAAAUUACUUUUUUGAAAAGCUCUUUGCAAUUGUUGAAAAACUAAAAUUGAAACGUAAGCCAAUCUUCUGGCAAGAAGUGUUUGAUAACAAUAUCCCUGAUCCAAAUUCAAUCAUUCAUAUUUGGAAGGGAAACACUCAUGAGGAAAUCUACGAGCAGGUCAAGAACAUCACAUCCAAGAACUUCCCGGUUAUCAUUUCCGCGUGUUGGUAUUUGAACUACAUCAAAUAUGGAGCUGACUGGAGAGAUGAGAUCAGUGGAACCGCUCCAUCUAAUUCGAGAUAUUACUAUUGUGACCCUACAAACUUCAAUGGUACUGAUGCACAGAAAAACUUGGUUUUGGGUGGUAUUGCAGCAAUCUGGGGAGAGUUGGUGGAUAAUACCAACAUUGAAGCCAGACUUUGGCCAAGAGCGUCCGCAGCGGCCGAAAGACUUUGGUCACCAGCGGAGAAGACUCAGCGAGCUGAGGAUGCGUGGCCAAGAAUGCACGAACUCCGUUGUCGAUUGGUCUCCAGGGGAUACCGUAUCCAGCCUAACAACAAUCCCGACUUCUGUCCAUUCGAGUUUGAUGAGCCUCCAGCGACCAAGUCGGAGCUUUAA